ACUUGAGACGACUUUAAGAUCACUUUACCUUCCGUCAAAACGGAACUGAGAAAAAUUCAAUUUGAUUCGUUCAAAAUCAUCGAUUCAGAGUCGAUUCUCUUUACGAAUUGCAUUUUGAUUCGGGUUGUCUCCCUUUUCCUCUGUUCAAUUUUGGAGAUCAUUGACUUGGUGUGUUAGGGUUUAGCCAUUUCUGUUUCGCUACAAUUUCAUGGAGGACGAACCAGGAAAUGAAGGAGACGGAGAUACAGUGAUCGAUUCACCGCUUGCGAGAUGGAGAAUCGAAUUCUCAAAGUCAUUUCAGAAUUACCUCGACAGAUCGGCUCCUCACCUUGUUCGAAGAUGGCUAGUGACUUUAGUCGCUGCUGUGAUUUAUAUCUUCAGAGUUUACUAUGCGUAUGGAUUCUUCGUCAUCUCCUAUGGCCUCGCUACUUACAUCUUGAACCUCUUGAUCGGUUUUCUCUCUCCCAAAGUCGAUCCAGAGCUUGAAGCUGUAGAUGGUGCUUCUGUGUCCAGACGAGAUUCUGAUGAGUUCAAGCCCUUUGUUCGUCGUCUUCCCGAGUUCAAGUUCUGGUAUGCAGCAACUAAAGCUUUUGUUGUUGCAUUUGUCAUGACCUUCUUCUCCUUCUUGGAUGUGCCUGUGUUCUGGCCAAUCUUGUUGUGUUACUGGUUGUUUCUGUAUUUUCUCACUAUGAAACGCCAAAUCGUGCACAUGAUCAAGUUCAGAUACGUUCCUUUCGAUUUUAGAAAGAAGAGGCACGGUGGAAAUGAUAAGCCUAGUACCAGUAAUUCAUCUCAGGGAGAUGACAAAACGGCUCAGACGUGAAGCAUAGACAUGGUACUGAUCUGUACAUGUUCAAGGUAGUGAUAGGCCUUAAGUGAGAAAAGAUUACAAACUAAGAGAACAAAGAUCAAGUAGAUUGUAAUAGCAUGCUGUGGUGUAAACGGAAAAACAAAAGUUCUUGAAGCUUAACAGAAGUGAGGAACCUCUCUUAUGUUCUUAAAGUUUCUUUGUAAAGGGUAACAAAUGUAUUUUAUGUAGAGAAGGAUCAAUAUUUCAGAGUUUAGUGAGAGGAAGUAAACAUACAUUUGACAGUUUCUUUGGCCUGCAAAUUUUACAGAAGAGUUUCGU